UAAUCUCCAUGUUGCCUGUUUUACUUUGAAAGUCUGUAUUCAAUGUCAGUGUAUUUAGUUUCACCUCUCCUGUCCUGUCCUUAGGUUCAUGUGUGUCAGCUGUGCUCCCAUGUGUGGCCGCUUCCCCUGAUCAUCCCUCAUGUGUAUUUAGUCUCUGUGUUUCAUGCAGUCUGUGUCGCGUCGUCUGUGUUCCCACCCUCUGUGUUUCCAUGCCCAGUCUUUUGUAUCCUCAGCCUUAGCCUUACCUUAGUUUGUUCCCAGUUUAGGUUUCUGGUUAGUUACUGCUCUUGUGUUGCCCGCAUUCUUGUCUGUUUCUUUCGUGAUCAUCAGCCACAAUAAAAGGCUCGCUUUCGUUUAAGUUCACUCCCGUAUCCUCACUUGUGUUCGCACCUGGGUCCACCACACACAUCUCCGCACGGUCUGUCUCCACAAAUCGUGACAGUACGACGCGACCAUGCCGGACCCAGCGACACAGAAGAGGGAGAUCAUCCAGACGGUGGAGUCGCUAUGUAGUAAAUGGCUGCAGUGUUCCGGAGAGGAGGAAUGGGAAGAGUUAGCCCGCCAAGUAGGAGUAUGCACAUCUGUAUUUCCCUGGUUAUGGGAGGCACUACACCCGCUGAUCAUUGACCUUCUCGUCACCGCUCUCCAACUCCGUCUGCAGCCUCAGCUGCCCAGUGUGCGGGCUGCGCCGCUUGAGCCCUGCUGUGAUCCUGUUUCCCCGCUGCUUUGCGAGCCAGAAGCAGUUAGGGUCGGAACAGUGAGGCUCACCACCGACACACCAUCCGCUCGCGCCUCAUCGGCUUCCGCGUCCUCACCACAGUCUAGCCGCACGGCGCGGCGCACGGAGACGACGGAGGCCAUUGACUUUGGUGAGGAAGAGCGGCAGCAGGUGUUACGGGCUUAUCGGGAGGACGAGCUCUGGUGGAAGCUCAUUCUGGAGGAGGAACUCUCACCUGUUGCACCGCCUACCAGCUGCUCGCCCUCUCCACCCCGCUCAGACUUCACUUCCCCUGCCUCGCCUUUAGCGAGGAUAUGGGCAGAGGGUGAGAUUGCCGCCACGUCACCCUCUGUUUUGGUGGCAUCAGUGUCCUUCGCACCAGCUACCAGAAAGAAGCGGCGCCGGUGCCGCCAUUGCACCGCGCUAACUCCGUUGUUCAGAGGGACCUACUACGGGCGUCAUGGAUUCCAGCCUCCUUGAGCGGCAGGAAGCAGCUUGUGCCCAGCUAGAGGAGGAGCUCCGGGGAAAGCCGUGGCUCACCCCCAAUUAUCAGCACCGUUUCCGGGGGACUCGCCUGGCUCUCGGGGGCCCCCUGAGUUGCCAGAGACUCACACCACCAGCGCCCAGCUCCCCAGUCUCAGCAACGCCAUCCAGCGCGCAGGGGGCUCCACAGUUGGGCUCACAGGUUCCUACUAGAAGGAAAGGACAUCUGCGUCGUCGUCACCCCUCGCAACAGUCGGAGGUGAGUGACUGUAUUUCUUCAUCCCAAACCUCCACCGAGGAGAGGAAGAAUGGGACUGUGUUGCCAGCGUCUGAAAAGCACAGAGAGACUCAUAGUUCGGAAGUGUCCGAUGUUAGCAAUGAAUCCCACUAUCUCUGUGCCGCGGGUUACAUGAAUAAAGGCACUGUUCCUGAGCUAGCCGAGGCAAAAUGUGGGUUUUGUAAAGCACAGCCAGAGUUACAAGAUUCAGUUUCAGAGGCUACCAUAGACAAUAGUAGUGGUCCUGCAGGCUUCUUAGAUUCCACAGUUAAAUGUAAUGAGUCUUCCAUGGACCAUGGUGUUCAUAAUGUGGGUAAUGGUGGGGAUUCUGAAUCUCUGGAAAGGCUUAUGUCUAUGCACGUCACUCAUGAUAAAGGUGCCUCUGUACCUGAGUUGUUCAGCCCCCAAGUCAUGCCCCUGUUAAUGAACUAGCCAUGAUGAGUGAUUCCGAGCCUGUUGUCAAGAACUGUGGCAUCCUUCCUCCUGCCCCUUCUGGAAUCUCGGUGAGUGUCUGUUGAUCAAGGGGAGCCAUUCAUGAUCUAAAAAGUGAAGAGACUGUGUUUGAGUUGACUGGGAACCAUGUUUUAUUUGCAGUACCUGUGCUCAGUGAGUUAAAAGCUAAAGGAGCAAAUCAUGAACCCAUCCUGAAUAUUGAAAAUGAGAAAAUAAAUGUGGCCCAUAGCAAUUUGGAUUUUGAAUCCCCAAUGACUGGUUUCUGUUUCUCUCAAGAUGUUGUGCAUCAUGGUUUGGAACUAUGUAGCCCUAGUACAGCCACUCCUCUCAAGCUCAAUUCCGAGUCCCCCAGCAAGGAGACUAACACGUGUUUCAGACUCAUUAACAAUGCACUCAAAGACUAUGAUCUUCAGAAUAAAGUUCGGGGGGGACAAGUCAG